CCAAAACGCGAAAAGAAGUCCAGUGAUAAACCGGUUCGAGGAUCCCGGUUUGCUCUUUCGCUUCUUCUGGAUUCAAAAUAUUUCUUCUCCUCAAGGUUUUUGGGGAUUUGUUUCUUGAAUCCGUAGGUGAGAAUAUUUAAGGAGAUAUCUUUGGUGAUUGGUGGAUUUAGAUUAGAUUAGGUUUUAAGUGUAGGUUUUGACAAUUUGGAUUUUUGAAGAAAGCGAGGGAUGAGUCGUGGGAAUUAUAAGAACCCGUGCUUGACUAUGCAUCAGCCAUGGGCUUCACUUCUCGUCCAUGGUAUCAAACGCAUCGAAGGUAGAUCCUGGCCUGCUCCAAUCCGAGGCCGUUUAUGGAUUCAUGCUGCUAGUAAAGUACCUGAUGAAGCUACUAUCAAAGCAAUGGAAGAGUUUUACCAAGAGAUUUAUGCUGUUGAUGGGAUCACUGAUAUUCAAUUCCCCCAACAUUACCCUGUUUCAAGACUAAUUGGAUGUGUUGAGGUUGUUGGCUGUGUUACCUGUGAUGAACUUCAGAACUGGGAUGCUUUACCUAAAGGGGUGAGGCUUGAAGGACAAACCAACUUUUGCUGGCUAUGCGAGAAGCCGCAGAAACUGAUUAUUCCAUUUGAGAUGCGCGGGUACCAGGGAGUCUAUAACUUAGAAAAUAAGAUUCAUUUGGCUGCGGCUAGAGGUCUUAUGCCUUCUCAAAGCACAUAUGUGGUGAAAUUUCCUCUUCCAGACCCAAAGGACCCGUUUUCCUUAAAACCUGGUUCUGUUCCUUGUACAAUACGAGAGAAGAAAGCACUUGAUUCAGAGCAAGUUAACAGUCUCACAGCUGCAAUCGCCGGGGCAAAAGCAGCAGCUACUCAGUUCUCAAAGAAGGGACAAGGUCUCCAAACAAAUAAUAUAAGUGAUUACACAACAAGAAGCAAGAGCAAAGUUGUUGAAGAUGAUGCAGCAGAAUCCUUUGAUAGCCCGGUUGUUGGUUCUGGUGGAAUGUCUGAUCGUACUUAUACAACAAGAAGCAAGAGCAAAGGCACACAGCUGGGUGAAGAAGUAUCUAGUGAACGCAGCAGCAGUAGCAGAGUGGAGGAUGAUACAAAAUUGAUAGUGGAGUUCAAUGUGGAAUCUAGUCAAAGAAGUCUAGUAGUCACAAAGAGGGAGGACAGGAAUACAAGUAUUGGCGAAAGAAGGUUUGAUUCUGGACCUGCCCGGAUUAUGGCCGCUGCAAUCAGGAACUUGAAGCCAUCUUCUUGAUCUACUGUGUUCAAAGUUGUACCAUAUUUUUGGUUUCUAACAUAUAUACCCAUUUCAAAGUUUGGCGUCACUAUAAGUUACUGUUAGUUUACAGGUUUUACUAUAUACAUUCAAGUUAUGUAUCUUUAUUUUUUUGUUCAUAAAAAAUCAUGUGGACUAGAACUUUAUGAAAUUCAAAACAAAUGAAUAAGUGAAAAAUA